AAUAUCAUAAGCGCCUGAACAUGUCCAAAUAUAACUCCAACAUACACCUAGAACCACGCAACGAUAGACAGUUGAUGGGCAACGGCGAGUCAAGAUCCGUGGGCAGUGUUCGAAGCCACAGCGCUAAUCUAACCAAUCAAUUAUUGCGGAUCGCCACAGCCAUCAAUUAUACAAGUAUUUGAAGCAGUCAGUACUACUGUCUCUGUUCCUCUUCAACGCUCGCCAAGUCUUCAUCUUGGCAUCAGCAUCACGCCACUACCUCUCACGUGUGCCACGCUCUUGCCUGUGAUGGCAGACCCUUUGAGUGUUACCGCGUCGGUGGUAGCUCUUGUUACCGUCACGGUCCAGUCAGUCAAGUCGCUCCACGACACCGUCGCACGUUUCAAAGGUCGGGACAAGACUUUGCAGAGGCUUCAGGAUGAGCUCCAGGGAAUCAUCACCAUUCUAAACUCUUUGAAAGAAGUAGUUCACACAGAAACGUCCAUCUCUAAGCUGUUACGAGGGCCUAUUGAUCGAUGCAGCGAAGUAUGUCAAGAAUUCAAAAUUUCGAUGGAGUCUUUCGGCCAGAAGACUAAAGCUAGCUUCCGCGAUUGGGCAAAGCUAGAAUUCAUGAGGGGUGACAUAAAUGAAUUUAUUGACACGAUAUCUGGGUAUAAAUCCACUAUCGCAGUUGGUUUGGGCACAAUCACCAUACGAGAGGCCAAGGUUUCCAAGCAGGCGCUCGAUGAGUACAACGAGAUGAUCCAGGACACCAUAUAUGACCUGAACGUCCGUUUGAAACGUGUCGACCAGAAACUGGAAGGCUAUGCGAAUCUGAGCAUCUCCACUUCGGAUGUCAACCUUGACGACGAAAAAGAGGUUACUCAGGUUUGUCUCCGUAUUUGUGAAGAUGCGAAAUUAUUCCUCGAAUCCCUGGAACGCCAGUCAACAGUAUUACAGGAUGGGAAAGACGCUACUGGGACCGAUGAGCAGCACAGCUUCGAGGCACAGCUGCUGACGAGCCAAGCUCUAGGCAAGAAUCGAGACAAUUUUGUAAGCAUCAUUGGUCAGCUCCAGGACCGCCUACAAGCUUUGAUCCUCAACGACAAUCCAAAGGAUGAUAAGGAGAGAAAGCGCCUGCUCGAAGACAUCAAUGCUUCCAAACAGUGCUUGGAAGUAUGUAAGGUGGCAAGCGAAGCUACGUCUCAAAAAAUCUACAGGGUAGGAGAGGUCGUAGCUGACGGCGACAGUGAUCAAGUGGUAGCAAAUACUUUGGCUGAUCUGUUUGAUGUCAAGAAAGCCAUAUCCAAGGAUCGAUCAGCACAGCUAGUCGGCUGUAUGUCAGGGGAGGACCUUAGGUUCUUGGCCGAGAGACGCUAUCAAAGUCGCUUCGGAGCCUUUGUUCCCGAGCCCAAUGUCCCUGUUCCCCCAGGUCAGAUUGUCGAUACGGAACGAGAGACUAAAUCGACUCCACGUCAGACAAGCCCCUCAUCUCACGCGCAAUCGAGACCGAAGGGAGAGAAGCCAUCCCCAAAUGAGAUAAGGAAACGGAUAGACUAAGGGGAAGGUGUGGUUACGGCGGCUACUAUUGCACAGAGGUAGCAGGUUCGGUUGUCGAUUCCAGAUGCGUAUCGACGUGUCCCCAACAUGAGAGGGUGGUGUACACGACUUUUGGGGAUUCGCCAUCUAGUUUUGUCCCAUAUCACAUAGGACUAAUUCCCGUUAAUGCUCAUUGUUAAGUGCCUGAAGAUCACGUCACUAUAUGAUUUCUUUUCUUUAUUUUCAUACUGACUGUCAAAAUGCGGACACGUCUCUGGAGCAGUACACUAAAAGGUUACAUCUUGUUUGUUAG